GUCGGAAGGUCAGGUCAAGGAGCCUUUUCCAACCUGCAUGAACCAAUGCCCAGCAUUCACUGCCAAACAUGAUUUCGUCUGUGUCUACGUUUCUGAUUAUUUCCCUCGUUACAGCAUUGGCAGAUGCAUUCAAGACCUUCGAUACAAACUGCACACUCCCACCCCCGACUAUAGAUGAACUCAACUAUGUCUCCUCCCCAGACACCCGAGGUACACUUAAUAUCCUUUGGUCUUGCCUAUUUACGAUUCUCGCUUGUACCUGGACCGUCCAGCACCCCGAUAUUCCCUGGCAAAGAAAGCACUUCCGGUCCAGUGAGAACUUUAAGGGCCAGAAAGUGAAUGAAUGGAACUGGAAGAUCUCGAAAUGGAAAUACUCGACCGCGUGGUUUGUAACCACGAUUCUGGCCCCGGAGAUCCCGCUUGGCAAGCAUCUGGGGGAUCUGUGGGAAGCGAAACGCCUGAGAAAUCAAUUUGAAAAAGAGUAUAAAACAAAUAUUAAGAAGGGCGGCAAGAUUGAAUGGACCCGCAAGCAUUGGCUGUUUGCGAUCAUGGGUGGAUUUUCCAUGACGACGAAAGCUUCACGGGACAAAAUCCCGCAGAUGGUCAGCUCACCGACGCCUGAGAUCGAAAACGCAGUCGGCGCUCAAUCACAUUCCCUUUCGUCGUCCUCACAGCCGGAGCCAUCGCCAGACAAGGGCACCGAUUCCGGAAAACCAAACAAAGAAGACGUUGAGAAGGGCCCCGUCAACCAGACAACAGCCGAGAAGAAGCUUGCAACCGAUAGCCCGGAGGAUGAUUACCCCCGUAUUCUAACACCAAAAGAAAUUCUACAACUUGUGCACGAUCACAAACUGCAUCAUCUACCGGACAUUGAUGAAGAAGAUAUCGAGGACAAGUCGAAGUCUGACAAAUUCAUACGGGUUAUUGCCGUCUUCCAGAUUCUAUGGCUCUGUAUCCAGGUGAUUUCCCGGGCAGUGGAGCAUCUGGCGGUCUCACAGUUGGAGAUUGUAACUGUGGCAUUUGCACUCUGCGCGGUUAUCAUAUAUGGACUCGCCUGGAACAAACCGCAGGGGGUUAAUAUCCCUAUCAGUAUUCUUCAGGUCUCCGACCAAGGGGCUGAUUAUGGCACGUCACUGGAGAAAGAGACCACCCCCGCCACAGCGUCCAGCGGCAAAGGAUGGGUGAAGCACAUCAUAACGCCCGAAGCUAUUGAUAAGUACUUCAAAGUCAUGGAAGGAGAGGGGUAUGCCGCGUCAUGGUUUAUACCGGUAGUAGUCCUCACCGGAAUGCUCUUCAGCGGGGUACAUCUCGCAGCCUGGCGUAGCCAUUUCCCUACUCACCUUGAGAAGCUGCUGUGGAGGAUCGCAGCGAUCUACAGCACCGCUUUUCCGCUCGGUGAUGUGUUAUUACUCAUCACUAUAGCCACAACUACGGAGGAACACACACCUGCUGGAAAUGUGCAACCAAAGCACUGCAUAUUUAAGAUCAUUCGUCGACUAUCAUUCGGCGCAUGGCUCUUGAGCUUUGUUGUCUAUUUUAUUGCCAGGCUAUAUCUCCUGGUAGAGAUGUUUCGAACCCUGGCAUUCCAGCCGACAGGUGCAUUCGUUGGGACCUGGGCUGUGAACAUGCCGAAUAUCAGUUGAAAUGAUUGAACCGCGAUCUCCUUCAACCCAGUUUGAUGGAAGGAUUAGCUGUGACUUGUUUCCCGGGUUAUCCACUGGACAUACACGACAGACAGAGGAGGAGAGCGCGAGAUUUUGGACGAUUCUGGUGCCGUUCAGUUUUGUUUUGGAGUCAGAUACUGGAAAAGGGGGCGAGAUGGAUAUACUCCCAGUCCAAUUAUUCCGCCUAUACCUGGGACUUUGGAUAUUUUAUGGGUGGCAGUUGGGGUAUCUUUUGGAAGUACCAUACUCAAGCUGUUAUCGAUGUUUUUUUUUUUUUUUUUUUUGGCAAAUUAUUUUACACUU